AUUUUAUUAAAGGCAUAUACAUAUGUAUGUAUGUAUGUAUAAAUGAACGCUAUAUAUCGCAGACCUCACAGUUGAAGAAACAAUUCAAUAUUGAAACCAAGAAGUAACUGACUAAUCAUCAAAUACGAAAAAAUAUCGAAAUUAUUAAUGAGAAACGAGAAAUUCCGAGCGAGCACUGGUGCGCGAAAAAAGAUUUUUAUGUCAUCAAUAUUCGAUAUAAUUAUGCGAUCCAAAGCUUUUGCACGCAGACUCAAUCAAGGCAAUAGUGGCGACGAGUACGAAGCGGCGGCAGUGCGACACCUCAAUUUUGUGCCAUUCUCCAAUCACCACUUCAAUCACCAACUCCCCCUGCAGCAUCACCUCCACCAACAACAAACACACCUGCCAACGACACCACUGACAGCGAGCACCGCACAACCGUCGUUGAAUUACGAACGCGGCGAACACAAGCGCGAGAGCGGUGACCUAAACGUCGCUAAUGUCAACGCCAGCGCCAACGUCAACGCCAAUACAAUUUUACAAAACGGCCACAAUAGUGCGGCGUCAUACGAUUUGGAAGCAUCGCCACUUUAUGCGACACCUAUUGGGGCGGCAUAUCACAAUCAUCAACAGCAGCAGCAACACAAUCACAAUAACAACAAACAAGGCAUUAACUUGCAGUCACCACAACAAAACCAACAACACCUGCCGACACAAACCCUCGCAGCAGCGGCAGCCGCCACGUCCGCAACAACGCCCGCCUCAGCGUCCGGUACAGCGCAUCCAAUGUACAACUCAUUCUUUGGCAGUAAAGCGCACGCGGAAGACUUCUUCACGCAGCUGGCGCGUUUGCGUGGACGCGACGAUUCCGUAAAUGGUUUGGAUAUACAGGAGCGCGGCGUCUACGCGAAGGUGCGGCUCAGCCGCGGUACGCGUUACGGCCCAUUUGUGGUGAAGCUGUGCAGCGAGCCGACGGCGCCCAGCCUGGCUUGGGAGGUCAUUGCAGGUCCACAUUUCCGCGGCUGGUUGGAACCGUCACAUGAUGUUGCGACGUGGCUGCGUAAAAUACGCGCUGUCGACAAUGAUGGAGAGGCUAAUCUGAAGAACUUCCUGGUGGCAGGAUAUCUUUGGUAUGAAACAAAUCGUGAUAUAAACGCCGGCGAGGAAAUCACCAUCGAUGGACGGCCGCGCACACCCAUACACCUAAACGAUGGCUUCGCCAAUGGCGCCGAUGCGGGCACGUUAAACGCGACGAGUGGCUCGCUGCAAGGCGAUGAUAAGAGCGAACGUGAUAAUGGAUCUCUCUACAGUGGCGGCAACACCACAGGCGACGACGAGUACAACCGUGACCGUUCGUUUAGCGAGAAAGCGGAUUGCCUUGAUUUGACCGACGACGAAAACGGUUUCGACAUACGUUGUGAAGUUUGUGAUAAAACAUUUCCGGAGCUAGACGAGUUGGACCAUCAUUUGGUUGCUAAGCACUCGUUUCGUAAAGACGAGUUUCCCUGUGAGUUGUGCAACAAGCCAUUUUGUCAUCGUCCUUUAUUACUGAAGCAUCGCGCCUUAGAGCACAACGAAGUUCGAAAGUAUCCCUGUGAGAAUUGCCCAAAGGUAUUUCGUGAUCCAUCGAAUUUACAGCGGCAUAUUCGUGCCAACCACAUCGGUGCCAGAAGUCACGCGUGUCCGGAGUGCGGAAAAACAUUUGGUACAUCGUCCGGCCUCAAGCAGCACACGCACAUCCACUCAUCGGUGAAGCCGUUCCAGUGUGAGGUGUGUUACAAGGCGUAUACGCAAUUCUCGAAUUUAUGCCGUCACAAGCGCAUGCACGCCGAUUGUCGCAUGCAAAUCAGAUGUCCUAAGUGCGGCCAGAGCUUCAGCACGGGUACCUCGUUAACCAAGCACAAGCGUUUUUGUGACCCCACCAACGUGCCGCUGCCACCACAGCCCGUCUCAGCCGGAUCCGGUGUGAAUUUGCCACCACAUUUGCCGACGCACCAGCAGCAAGUCAUGCAGUCUCGCGUCUUACAAUCGAUGAAUGCGGCCGUCGCCGCCGCCACUGGUAAUACCAAUGGUACAGGCGCUGGUCUGCCCGGUAGUGGCAUGUCGCCAGCCGACCAUCCGUUCGUGCUGUUUCCGCCGUUCUUUCCGAAUUUUCCAGCCGCAGCCGCUGCUUACGGAUUGCCGGGCAUAUUUCCGCCAAGUUCAGCGCAGGCAACCAACUUCCCGUUUUUGUUUCCGAAGACCAAUUUGGAUAUGUGCAUGCCGGGUAUGCCGACGCCAAGUGGUCACAAUACAUUCAGCAGUUUGCCGUCUAUGAAAGCUAGACGGCUCCACAAUUUGAACGCUGGCGAGGGUAUGCGAUCGGGCGACGUAUCACCGCCGUCGAGUGAGCACAGUCUGAAGCAAUCGAAUAGUAAUGCUAAUGCCACACUAAGUCUAGCCACGGAUACUGAUGAGGAUGGCAAAGUAGCCACACCACUUGCGCUGACGUUGGCUUCUAAUUCACCCAAUUUUAACAACAAUCAAAACAGUUUCUCCACACACAAUCCAAGUGAUGAGGAUACCAGCUCGUCUGUUGAACUAAAGAUCACACAAAAUGAUGACGUCGACGUGCAGGAGCAAGAAGAAGUUGAGGAGCCAGCAGAUAUGUCAAAGUUUGAGACCAGCACCAGCAAACUUAUGGAAGAUGAUAAGAAAUCGAUUGAUAUAAUGAGCACUCCACCGCCCGCAGACCCGUCGGAUGAAGAAAACAGCAAAGCCACCAAUAGCGCCGCUGCUGCGGAACUGCCACUCGAUUUGAGUAUAGGCCGCAAGCGCGCACGAACCGCCAGCUCCAGCUCAACUGCCGACACACAAUCGGUACAUAGCGAACGCUCCAGCAAUCAGGCCACGCAAGCCGAGCACAAGUCUGAUUGCGAGCAGCAGCCGGAGUCUAACCUAAUACGCGCACAUCACCAUAAAUUACUCAAGCGUUCAAGCCACAAAAUAUCAAACCGUCGUUGCGAGAAGCUCAGUCGUACACCCUCGAUUACUGCCUCGCCUGGACCGACACCAUCACCUUCGCCACCCAGCAAAGAGCAAGUCAAUUUAUUGUCAAACGAUGUCAAUUCCUCAGCGUCGGCCGACUUUGAUUGCUUGCAACCGUUAGAACGAAAUCCGCUUUUCUUGGAGGAGAUCUAUCAUCGUUCGCGCACGUUAAACGAUAUCUUUCCACGCCCGUUUCCUUUUUUAGGGCCAAUGGGCGGACGGCCAGCCUUUGAUAGAGCAUUACAAUGCUCUGACAUGCCGUUUCCGCCCGAACCGGUUUUUCGCAAAAAUCUACUACCUGCCGGUCUCAUCGGCAGCAUGUUGGCCACGGCCUCCGGCAAAAUCAAGGAUCGCUACACAUGCAAGUACUGUGGCAAGGUAUUUCCGCGUUCAGCCAAUUUGACACGUCACGUGCGCACACACACCGGCGAACAGCCCUACACGUGUAAGUAUUGCGAUCGUGCCUUCAGCAUUUCGUCGAACUUGCAACGUCAUGUACGUAACAUACACAAUAAGGAGCGUCCGUUCCGCUGUCAUCUGUGCGAUCGCUGUUUUGGUCAGCAAACGAAUCUCGACCGACAUCUGAAGAAACACGAGGCCGACACGAACGGUUUGGGUAUUGGUUUCGGCGACUCGCCCUCCUCCAAUGAGGCAGAUCGUGAGGACAACUAUCUCGAUGAGAUACGCUCCUUCAUGGGCCAAGGCACAUACAGCGAAGAACAGUACACGCCGACGAGUAUUGGUGGCGCCGAAAACGACACUGACUAUGCGGGCAGCGAUGCAGACGUGGAGUUGUCCGUCUCGCGUUCAUCGUCAGUCGAUGCUGUGAUGGCUAGUGGUAGUGUUGAGGAUGCCGUGCACGUUAAGCAAGAGCCGUCGGCAGAUGCGACGAAAAGCAGCGACGCGGUCGAUGUAAGCUCGUAAGCGAACGGAAAGGGUUGCGAAAGGAUGCGAAGUGUAGCUUAGAAGGUGUUAAGUGUUUUGUGUAAAAAUUACAUAAUUAACGGUCGUUGUCGUUGUGUGGGUAGAACGCACAUAUUUCGUUGCGCAGUUGCGCGCUGAGUUCUGGAACGUUUACGUCUAUUACGUCAAUAGUGAUAAAACUGCGUGUAUUUGCUCGUGACAUACUAUCAAACAGCUGUGUUGAAAAUAUUAGCAUAACGAAUUUUAAGUGUAUAAAUCAUAAUUGUUGGACAUAAAAAUACAGUUUCACACACAUUCAUACUUACGUGUGUGUAUGUGUGUGCGUAUAUAGUAUUUAGCUGAGCGCAUUAUAUGCAAAGUAUCUAAACUACAGUUGUUUUUGUAAUAAGUUUUGUUAAAUUUACUAGAAUGUACUAUUAAAUCUAAAUGAAUUCUUGAUUAGCUAGCAAAAGUCAGGAAAGUUGAAAAUCAAUUUUU